AUGUGCGGUGUUUUUGCCGCUGCCACCACUUCACCACCGGGCAUAAUAUCCUCAGCUGACGAGGCCGCCGUCAUAACCAAGCUCGUCACCAGCCUCUCCCCAGCCCCAUCCGACUGGACCGGCGCCGACAAAUUCGCCAGCUCUGUAAGUUAUCUUCGCUCCCUCCUUUUAACUCUCCUUCGACCAAUGGGCCUCUCUCCGAAAUUCGAUUCCGAUGAGGUCGACGAGGGGCUAUUGGGCGCCGUGGGCUCAGGAUUAUCCAGUCUAAUCUUGCUGGCCGAGCAGCUCAAUUUGGACUGGGUUUUCUCCUACCGGUACGGCGAAGAUGGUACGACGGCCGGCUCUGAUUGCGUGGUGUGCUUGUUCGGUUUGAGAGACAGUGACCAGAUGCGCAAGUUAGCGUGCCGCCACAUCUUCCACAAGGAUUGCUUUGAAGGAUGGCUCGAUCACCUCAACUUCAAUUGUCCUCUCUGGUUUCAGAGGAAUGCGUGGCUCUCACCGACCGGCGCAUGA